AUGGCCGACAAGAUCAAUCUGCCGGGAUUCGAAGUCGGCCCCCCGGAAGAGAAGAGGAACUGGUCUUUCGACCCGAAGGAGACCAACCAGGAGGUCAAGGAGAUCCACGCCGCCAUCCUCGAGCUGAAGGAGGAGGGGAUGAUGGUGGACGAUCUGUUCGCCCUUCAAGGGGAUGAAGACGGGAAAUCCCCGGACAAAUGCUUUGUGGCCCCGCGCCUGACCAUCGACCAUGAAGAUCCAGACUCGGAGGACUUCAUGCCGAUCUUUCAUGCCGGCCCUCGCACCGACUCGGGCGAGCGUGCCGCUGAGGCGUCGGAACCGGCUGCUGCUGCGGCGCCGGUUCGAGAGAAACGCGCAGUUGCAAAGUGCCCUGCCGAGAAAGAUCUUUCGCAGAACGUGAAGCGGAAGAAAAUUGCGGCACGUGGUCCUAAGCCGAAACCUCUGAUCGACGGGGAGGCUUUAACGGCCACACAAUCUCGGACAUGUAUCGCGUCCGAGAUCCCGGCGGCUCCCACUUCCCGCGCUGAGGUUUCAAACCCGGCCACGGGUGAAAACGAGACCGCCGCGGAUCCGACAACCCCCGCCCGGGAAGUUGGCCCAAGUGCUGACGCCACGGUCGUCGGGCAAACCGAGACCCCCCAGACCGAGACUCCUGCGGCCGGGGUCUUGGCAACCGAGGCCGCUACUGAGGCUGCUCCUACAUCGGCCGUAGUCGAGACGCCGACGGAGCUGCCAGUUUUGGAGACGCCGCAACAACCGGCGGCGGGUCCUCAAGGACCCCAAGGGCCGCAGCCGACGCCAACACCACCUCCGCCUCCGUCGCGGCCGGUGGACGCCCGACCUGCAGCUGCCCGGGCCAAGAAGGCCAAAGGCCUUGCUGCAACUGCAGAGUUGGCAGCUCAGGGUUCCGCUGCGCCGCGUCCUUCUGGCAGGCCGCAGGAAAUGCCCCUUCGGACGACCAGCGGGCACAGCUGGGCGUCGUUGGGCCAGUCCGUCAUGGACUGGAACAGCGCCGACCACUACGAGUUCUGCAUGAACAAGCGCACCGCCGCCUUCAAAACUUUGUUAACAAAGUACAAGAAAUUGGAGACGGAGCACAAGGCGUUGAAGGCUAAGCGCGAGAGCCAGGCCGGGGACAACGCUCAAGUAGCAGAGCUGCUAAAACGCUUCGCCGAGGUUCAAGAUGAGAAGACUCGGCUGGCCGAGCAGCAUCGGGAAGAAAUUACCCGGCUGCAGGCGCAGAUCGCGGCUCAGGCCGAGGCGCACAAGACCGAGGUGAGCCAACUCACCUCGGCCCUCUCUUCCCAGGCCGAUGAGAAAAUCCGCCUGGAAAGCGAGGUGAAGAAGGGCAAAGACCUAGCUGCCCAGCUUGAGACCCGUGCUACUGCCGUGGAGUUGGAGGACGCCGAGAAGACCGCAUUGUUCAAGGUCGUCCGGCAUGAACUCAUCAAAAUUGACAACAUGCUGACGAAGUUCUUCCCCACAUCCCUCGAGCAUGCUCAAGAGACCGUGAAGGUCGCCCGUCGGAAGAGGGAUCCGGCAGCAGCGGCGGGGGAGCCGUUCGAGGAGCGGGCCUACUCCUUCAUCCAGUAUGCCGACGUGCAUAUGUUUGUGGAGGGCCCAACCUCUGAAACUGACGCCGAGAUGACCGACGGGGAAGAAGAAGAGGCUGCAGCCGAGGAAGAUGCUGUGGAGUCGGCCUCCACCGGAAAUGUUGCGCCGAGUUCCGGCACCAACCCCUCCGUCUCUUCUUAG